CUGACGGGAAAGAAGCACGCACGGGGGUGGCUGCUCGGACCUCGGGACCGCUGCUGGAGCUGAAGCGGAGUGCCGGAGCGCUCAGGCAGCGCUGCCUGCUGCCGGGAAGGGGGCCGGGCUGGGAGCACCGUUCCUCCUCGCUGCACCAUGACAGAUGAAAGCAAAGGAGAAGGCAAGGGGGAGAGCGGGAAGGACUUGGAGAAGCAGCUUCGCUUGCGCGUCUGCGUCCUCAACGAGCUGCUCAAGACCGAGCGGGACUACGUGGGCACGCUGGAGUUCCUGGUGUCGGCUUUCCUUCACCGGAUGACCCAAUGUGCUGCAGCUAAAGUGGAUAAAAAUGUCACAGAAGAGACAGUUAAGAUGUUGUUUUCAAAUAUUGAAGAUAUUCUUGCAGUGCACAAAAACUUCCUGUCCCUGGUGGAGGAGUGCUUACAGCCAGAACCUAAUGCGCAGCAUGAAGUUGGAACCUGCUUUCUUCAUUAUAAAGAGAAAUUCCGUAUCUAUGAUGAAUACUGCAGUAACCACGAGAAGGCACAGAAAGUUCUACUAGACCUUAACAAAAUAAGAACAGUGCGGACAUUUCUUUUGAAUUGCAUGCUCCUUGGAGGACGCAAGAACACAGAUGUACCGUUGGAGGGAUAUCUAGUUACACCAAUACAGAGAAUAUGCAAGUAUCCCCUUCUUUUGAAGGAGUUACUGAAGCGGACUCCGAGGAAGCACAGUGACUAUGCGGCACUAAUGGAAGCCCUCCAGGCCAUGAAAGCUGUCUGUUCCAACAUAAAUGAGGCCAAGAGACAAAUGGAAAAAUUAGAGUUUUUGGAAGAAUGGCAGUCUCAUGUUGAAGGAUGGGAGGGGUCCAAUAUCACAGACACGUGCACAGAAAUGCUGCGAAGUGGACUACUACUGAAAAUUUCAGCGGGAAAUAUCCAAGAGAGGAUAUUUUUUCUUUUUGAUAACCUUUUGGUCUACUGCAAAAAAAAGCACAGGCGACUGAAGAACAGCAAAGCAUCUACAGAUGGCCACCGUUACCUUUUCCGGGGCAGAAUAAACACAGAAGUGAUGGAAGUAGAGAACGUAGAUGAUGGAACAGCUGACUACCACAGCAGUGGCCACGCUGUUAUUAAUGGCUGGAAGAUACACAACACAGCAAAAAACAAAUGGUUUGUGUGCAUGGCAAAAACCCCUGAAGAGAAGCAAGAAUGGCUGGAAGCUAUUUUGAAAGAGCGAGAAAGGCGAAAAGGUUUAAAGUUGGGGAUGGAACAGGAUACUUGGGUGAUGAUCUCUGAGCAAGGAGAAAGACUGUACAAAAUGAUGUGCAAACAAGGGAAUCUCAUCAAAGACAGGAAGAGGAAAUUAACCACUUUCCCCAAAUGCUUUCUUGGAAGUGAAUUUGUGUCCUGGUUGUUGGAAAUUGGAGAGAUACACAAAUCUGAAGAAGGUGUUCAUCUUGGCCAAGCUUUAUUAGAGAAUGGCAUUAUCCAUCAUGUUACAGAUAAGCACCAAUUCAAACCUGAACACAUGCUGUACAGAUUCCGAUAUGAUGAUGGAACAUACUACCCCAGAAAUGAGAUGCAAGAUGUGAUCUCUAAGGGUGUAAGACUGUACUGUCGCCUUCACAGUCUGUUUACCCCAGUAAUUAGAGAUAAAGAUUAUCACUUGAGAACAUACAAAUCUGUGGUCAUGGCUAACAAACUUAUUGACUGGUUAAUUGCACAGGGGGACUGCCGGACAAGGGACGAAGCUAUGAUAUUUGGUGUGGCUCUUUGUGAUAAUGGGUUUAUGCACCAUGUGUUAGAGAAAAGUGAAUUUAAAGAUGAACCACUGCUGUUCCGUUUUUAUGCGGAUGAAGAAAUGGAAGGGUCAAAUAUGAAGCACAGACUCAUGAAACAUGAUCUGAAAGUAGUAGAAAAUGUCAUAGCCAAGUCAUUACUGAUUAAAUCGAAUGAAGGCACCUAUGGUUUUGGUUUAGAAGAUAAAAAUAAGGUGCCAAUUAUUAAAGUGGUGGAGAAAGGAUCAAAUGCUGAGAUGGCAGGUUUGGAAGUCGGGAAAAAAAUCUUUGCCAUUAAUGGUGACCUGGUUUUUUUGAGACCCUUCGGUGAAGUGGAUUGCUUCCUGAAAGCAUGUUUAAACAGCAGAAAGCCCCUGCGGGUUCUUGUGAGCACGAAACCACGGGAGACAGUGAAGAUUCCUGACUCUGCAGAUGGACUUGGAUUCCAAAUCCGGGGCUUUGGCCCAUCGGUUGUCCAUGCUGUUGGGAGAGGAACAGUGGCAGCUGUGGCAGGUCUCCACCCUGGCCAAUGUAUAAUCAAAGUGAAUGGAAUUAAUGUCAGCAAAGAGACUCAUGCAAGUGUUAUUGCUCAUGUGACAGCAUGCAGGAAGUACAGGCGGCCAAUGCAGCAAGAUUCUAUACAGUGGGUUUACAACAGCAUUGAAAGUGCACAGGAAGAUCUUCAGAAAACAAACAUGAAGCCCUCUGGAGAUGAUGGAGGAGAUGCCUUUGACUGCAAAGUAGAAGAGGUAAUUGACAAAUUUAACACCAUGGCAAUAAUUGAUGGGAAGAAAGAUCACGUGAGUCUGACUGUUGACAAUGUUCAUCUGGAGUAUGGAGUGGUUUAUGAGUAUGACAGUACAGCUGGAAUUAAGUGCCACGUGUUAGAAAAAAUGAUUGAACCAAAGGGAUUUUUCAGUUUGACUGCAAAGAUUCUUGAAGCACUGGCAAAAAGCGAUGAACAUUUUGUGCAGAAUUGCAACAGUCUUAAUUCCUUAAAUGAAGUGAUCCCCACUGAGCUUCAAAGUAAAUUCAGUGUCAUUUGCAGUGAAAAAAUUGAACACAUCUAUCGAAGAAUCUCUAGUUAUAAAAAGUUUUCAAGAGUAUUAAAAAAUAGAGCUUGGCCUACCUUCAAACAAGCUAAGUCAAAGAUUUCACCACUUCACAGCAGUGACUUCUGUCCAACCAAUUGCCAUAUCAAUGUGAUGGAAGUAUCUUACCCUAAAACCUCAACUUCCCUUGGAAGUGCCUUUGGUGUACAGUUAGACAGCAGAAAACAUUCUUCACAUGAAAAGGAAAAUAAAAACACUGAUCAAGGUAAACUGAAUCCCAUGAUUUAUGUCCAACAUACCAUUACUACUAUGGCUGCCCCAUCAGGACAGUCGCUUGGCCAGCAAGAGGGCCAUGGUCUGAGGUACCUCUUAAAAGAAGAAGAUUUAGAAACACAAGAUGUCUAUCAAAAAUUGCUGUUCAAAUUACAAGCUGCACUGAAAGAGCUGGAAACAUGUGUCUGUCAAAUAGAUGACCUUCUUUCUUCAAUAACAUAUUCUCCCAAAUCAGAACGUAAAACACCUGAAUCUUUAAUACCAGCAGACAGUGAUAAUGAAAAGGGGGAAAGGAAUGGGAAGAAAGUCUGUUUCAGCAUGACAGGUGAUGAACAAGAAGAUUCUGGUCAUGAUACCAUCAGCAACAGGGAUUCUUACAGUGAUUGCAACAGCAAUAGGAACUCCAUUGCCUCAUUCACCAGCAUUUGUAGCAGUCAGUGCAGUUCUUAUUUUCACAGUGACGAAAUGGAUUCAGGUGAUGAGCUUCCCAUAAGUGUUCGGAUAUCGCAUGAUAAACAGGACAAGCUCCAUAGCUGUUUGGAGCAUCUUUUUGGUCAAGUCGAUUCAAUUGUGAAUCUUCUGAAAGGACCAGCUGUGAAUAGGGCCUUUGAACAGACAAAAUACUUUACACCAGGUCGAGGCCUCCAAGAGUUUCAGCAGGAAAUGGAACCGAAGCUUAACUGUCCAAAGAGGCUACGACUUCACAUCAAGCAAGACCCUUGGAACCUCCCCAGCAGUGUCCGGAGUCUUGCCCAGAAUAUCAGAAAAUUUGUUGAAGAGGUGAAAGCACGAAUACUCUUGGCUCUUCUUGAGUAUACAGAUAGCGAGAUACAACUGAGGCGAGACAUGGUCUUCUGUCAGAGCCUGGUGGCCACAGUAUGUGCUUUUUCAGAGCAGCUAACGGUGGCCUUGAAUCAGAUGUUUGACAACAACAAAGAAUAUGAAAUGGAGACACUGGAGGCCAGCAGAAGGUGGUUGGAACAGAUAGCCAGUGCAGGUCUUCUCCUUCAUUUCCAGUCCCUGCUCUCGCCUAACCUGGCUGAUGAACAAGCCAUGCUAGAAGAUACAUUGGUUGCACUGUUUGACUUGGAAAAAGUUACUUUUUACUUCAGGCAAUCAGAGCCAGAACCACUAGUUGCAAAUGUACCAAUCACAUACCAAGCAGAAGGAAGUCGGCAAACUCUGAAGGUUUACUUCUACCUUGAUGGUUACCAUUUUGAACAGCUUCCACAAAGGCUGAAGAAUGGAGGGGGGUUUAAAAUUCACCCAGUACUUUUUUCACAAGCAUUAGAGAGCAUGGAAGGAUAUUAUUAUAGAGACAAUGUCUCAGUAGAAGAAUUUCAAGCUCAGAUUAAUGCAGCCUCACUAGAAAAAGUCAAGCAGUAUAACCAGAAACUACGGGCAUUCUACCUGGACAAGUCAAACUUGCCUCCAAAUUCAACAUCUAAAGCGGCUUAUAUAGAUAAGCUGAUGAGGCCUCUCAAUUGCCUGGAUGAACUUUACCGACUGAUAGGAUCCUUCAUCCGAUCCAAGCGCACCGCUGCCUGCGCGUACACUGCAUGCAGUGCUUCUGGAGUUGGGUUGCUUUCCGUGUCAUCAGAACUCUGUAGCAGGCUUGGAGCUUGUCAUAUCAUUAUGUGCAACAGUGGAGUUCACCGCUGCACCCUGAGUGUUACCCUGGAGCAGGCAAUCAUUCUGGCUAGGAGCCACGGGCUCCCUCCUCGCUACAUCAUGCAAGCUACAGAUGUCAUGCGCAAACAAGGUGCAAGGGUACAAAACACAGCCAAGAACUUAGGAGUCAGGGAUCGAACACCACAGUCUGUGCCAAGGUUAUACAAGCUAUGCCAGCCACCACCACCUGUUGGAGAAGAAUGAGGAGAACUGCUCCAGAAAAUAAUCCAGUAAUGGCCUUCAGGAUACUGGGACUACAUGACAAAAUAUAACUGCACUGUAGCAGUAUGUGCCUGGGGCUUUGAUAAAUAAAAAACUCCUUUACUCAGGAUAAAGAAAGAAAUACCCUAAUUGUUCUCUGUUGGCAUCGAAAAAUGACUUCAGAAAGCGCUUUCUGGAAUCUGUGCACUCCAGCCUUACACUAGUGAAACAGGAAUCGUCCUUGGGAAUUUUACACUGGAAACAGAUUAAUUUGGUUUGUUUUGUUCAGCCACAUGAUAGGUAUAGUCAGCAGCUUGAAAACAAAUGUCUUGUUCACUUGUACUCUAUUUAGAAGGCAUCAAUAUGGAAAGAAUAAAAGCCUUAGAUAAACUAGGCUUGAUAAUGAGUAUGCACUUCAUAAGGGGCCCUUUGCACUGAUAAUCCCUUUUCUCCUGUCACCAUCAUGAUUCCUCAGAACAAUGACAUUGCUGUUUCAAGGAUAUAAUGCAAGUGAGGCUUAAAGAUGGAAAACUCCCCUUAGAAUGGUAUAGACUGUGCAGGCAGACUGCUGCUAUCAGUGUACGCUUGUCAUCAGUAAACUCAGCCGUGUCUUAGGCAGUCCAUUGUCAUACUCCUUUAGAAGGAGUACCUACAUGGCAUAUGAAGUUUUGCCCUUUUUCAGUUGCCAUUAUAAUGAAGAAGGGUAAGUCUGAUCUUCAUCCACAGUUAGACUGAAUUUCAGACUCUUGUCUAAUGGAUGUUUUCCAUUCUUGAGCUUCUGCAUUUCAGUAUUUCAGAGUUCUUGUAUAGUACUACCCUAGUGAGGAUAAGGCAGUAUUGUUAUGUUUAACUGGAAAUGUCUGUGGUUUAAAUUGAAGCAUAGUUUUGGGGGGGUGAUGUUUUAUGCUACCAUUUCCCAUAUUUUAUCAGAAUUGUUUCAGUUCUUUGGACAGGUAUUUGUCACAGAUGUAUUUCGAAGUUCUAUUGAGUGUUUAGAGGGCCAGGUAAAAUAUAUCUGCAUUUGGCUGUUCUUUUGGCCAAAGGAUUUUCAGAGAAAAUGCCCCCAAAUGAGUUUUCCUCUGUGAACACAUUAGAACAAAAACUAUAUUGUGAAAUAGUUCUACUUGUAGCAGUAGCUAUGCGUUCUGUUAGAGCAGGACAGACACUGUCUGUAUAAAAACGUUUUGUACAACAGCAGCCUAUAGUUACGCUGUAGCAGUCAAACCUCACAAUGUAAUUGUUACAUAUUAUCUAAUUAUUUAUGAAAUCUUCAACAAAUAUGUUAAUCCACAGUGAAGUAAGUGAGAAUUCAAAAUGAGCUAUAGUCUUGUAGAGAGGGGUUUUUUUAUAUAGAAUAUCUAGGGGACUUGUUGCUUUUCUGCAAAGGAGGAGUUAGAGCUCCUACCUUUUUCAGUGUUCUUAAUGUUUUUACACAAACUUUAACUUUGCUAAGAAAAUAAAUAUUUUUAUAUAUCUACAGAUAUAUAUGUGCAUAUAUGGGAGUUUCAGUCUGUUUGUAUUUAUGUAGUCAUAUCAGUUACUGAUACAACCUUAAAAAUAGAAUGUUUGCCUUAAACUGUGACAAAGACAUGCAGUAAUGAACACUUCAGUAACAAUUUUGCCUUUGUACUUUGAAGUUUACACUCUUUCAUAGUUACUGGAAGCUUUGGGAUUACAGUCUUUUUUAUUAAAAAACAAAAUAGAAAACAGAGUUUUACUCUCUAGAAACUCACAUUUUUCUCUAGGGUGACCUAAUGCUUGUGCAUAAUAAGAGUCACGAUAUCUAGAGUUACUCUUCUAGUCAGGAUCUCACAUUUUUGGAUGCGUUUUAAUCAGAGAGGCAAUAUUGAUGAAGGUAAUUCCCUCUCCAGGAAAAAGCACCAAAAGCAUCAGUUUCUGCUCAUUUAGCCACCAGGAGUACAGAGAAGCCAUAAGCUCCUCAUGCCAAGGAUGGUAUUGGUGUCAGCCCCAGCUGCAAGCUCGCAUUUUCCUGUGAGGUUCACCCAUGAGUUUUGGCUUUUCAAUACAAAGCAAGUCAGCUGUCAGCUGCAUGGCACUGAUACUCCUCUGUAAGACAAAAUAACCUAGAGGACAAAAUCUGUUGCAUGCACCCACAUUACUGUAACUAGUCAUCCUUUUUUUUCUGUUGCAUUGAAAAUGGUGGGGAGUGCAAAUGUGCCAAACUAGUCUGCUGGUAUAAUAUGGGAAUUGUCUAGUUUGUCUCAUCAUUGAAAGCAUGGAGUAAUUUGUAAACACUGAGGGACAUACGGUUAUGAGCCAGUCACUGGACCAGAUUCUUUAGCUACUGUUUCAUGAAUGUGCAUCAGAAAUCUUGACCUCUUGGGUUUUGUAUCUAAUUUGUAGUUCUUUAGUGUUUUUUUCCCCCUCUAGAGGCAGUUUUCAAAAACUUACUCAGCACUAUGAGCUUUAUUGGUGGCCCAUACUGCAAAAUAAAGUAUUUAGCCUGAUGUCAGAGAGGCUGAGAAGCUUCAGCCCUGCUUUUUUGAGAUUACAGGUAGCACCUAAAGAUAGGAUUUCCAGAGGAAAUUGAGUAUAGGUGUCCCACUGACUGGCUGUGGAAAGAGCAUGCCUAAUUUCUCAAAAUGUCCUUCAAAAGCCAAUGUUUUCUUGAAACAUUGUGCAGGCUUUUCAAACUGCGUUUUUUGUCACUCUGUGUUCAGAGCACACUGCACAUUGUAACUCAUCUGACUUCUAAUAAUCUUAGAUGAACCUUUAAGCAGGCCAUUCUUAAAUUGUGAAUUUACAUAUAUUGAUUAUUGAACCUAUUUAUGUUGUUUGGCAUAUGUAGAGGACAUCUUUUUUCCUUACGCAAGGUGCACUUGCAGAGUAAAAGGAAUCCAUUCUUAUCGCAGUGUGUUUGUCCUCCCAUAAAUUUUUAGACUUUGAGAUGACAAGAAUUGAUGACCAAGAGUGAUGAUUUACGAGAGCUGAAACACCCAUAGCUUGUUAAAUCUUUGCUUCUACAGCAACAGAUUAUGCAGCCUAUUUUUACAACAGCGUGUUGUACUGGUUUAGGGAAAGCAUUCUGUAUGCAAUUUUUACUUUUUCAUCCAAGACAAGUUCAGUUCUGGGAAUAAAUUCAAGAAUCUAGAGAUAUACAUUAGCAAAUAGUAACUACUGUGCCUCUGUGGUGGUCUAUGGGAGAGGUACAGGAGAUAUAACAGCUGAAAACAGAGGGUUAAUGGCCAAGGAACAGAUAAGUUGUCAUAGAGCUCAUGGUUGGAGAGAACUUAUAUUUUGACUUUUCUGGUAGAGCCGAGUCUAUCUUUGUAACCAUUAUCCAUGAAUAGUAGAAUGCUAAACACUCUUUAUGAAAUGAGCAUUGGUUCAGACAAUUCCCCACAUUAAGUAUGUUGUAAAACUUACUUUUCUUGUAGAUGAUAAAUGAAUUCUAAAAUGUGUGUAUUCCAGUUUCUCAAUGUCAAACAUUUUUGUGUUUAGGGAUCCAUUUUAAAGCAUUCCUGAAUCAGCUGAACCCACCAACCAAUUUUAUGUCUAGAGUAGCGGUCUUUCAUGGCUUUUUAGGUAGUUUUCACUGGGUUUUAGAAAAUGCAUCAGGUUUUCAGGUUGUUUUUUACUUGUUUGUUUCAAUGCAGUCAAUAGUGGUCAGAACUGCUUUUCUACUGUUUUAGAGCCAAAACAAUUAAGUUGACGAGGAUUUAUGGUAAUUGUAUUUCAUUUCAUUUGUUAGAAGCCCCUAAUGGAAAAAAAAAUAACCAGUUUUAUUGAUCUGGUUUUACCCAGAGAAAUUCACAAGCAAACAACAGUGAUUUUUUUUUUUCGUAUCUGUGUUUUAUUAAUUCAUUGUCAGAUGUUGUGUGUGUGUGUGUGUGUGUGUAUAUAUAGAUAUAUUUAAGACAAUUGCCUGAAUGUGAGUAUGCACAUCAUGGUUAAGCAUGAUGCUCAAAAAAAGGAAAGGAUCUUGCAUUUAUUUUCAUUUAAGUUGUGAAAUCAAUAGCUGUGGCAUAUAUGCAUAUUGUUCUGUACUCUUUACAGAUACUUCAUGGCUAUGUCUGCCAGCAUUUUACGCAUAUUUUGCACCAUUUUUGUUUAACAUCAUGAAAAGAGGAGACUUCCUCAUGCUAAUGCAUUGCCUUAAGUAUUUUAUCUCUGUACUUGUUUUCUAAUUGUACUCCAGCAGUACACUGGCAUUGGUAAAUUAGAUGCACAGUAUAUACCUGUCUCAGGAUUUUUCAUCAUUAGGUUUUGAAGUAUAAAAAGAUACUGAACCCAUAUUUUUGUAUGCUGAUAAUUGUGUAGGGUUUUUUAUAUACUGUGUAUAUCAAUCAAGUUUUCCUGAAGAAAAUGUGUUAUUAGGAACGUUUCCCUUUUCCUGCUAGAAGAUGUGGGUUUGGUUUUUGUUAUGUAUGUAUAAAUGAAUAUACAGUAUGCACCGUCACGCAGAUCUUGACACCAGCGAGAAAUUUCAGAUUGUUCAAGGGCCAAUCAAGUAGUCAUUUCACAUGUUCUUCUCCAAAAAUAACAUCUCCACGCUAGAAAUCAUAUGGCUAGAGUGGAACUACUUCAGAAAUAACUUCUGCUUCAGUUUGAGACUCUGGUAGAGUGCUCAAAGUAGCUGGGCCAUUUCUGCAAGUACUUAGAUUUGGACUUUUAUGGGAAUAUCCACAAUGUCUUUUGUGGGGAUGUGUCCCCUACCUGUACCAUGUACCAGAUUUAAAAGACUAAGCAGCCCUAUUAACUUCUUAACACCUUGUAUAUAGUGUAUGUAUUUGGUUACACUUGUGUAACACUUUAAAACGAACUUAAUUUCUGCAUUGAGUAUUGCACACAUUUUUCAAAUGAAGAAUAUAUUGUUUGUAACAUCUCAUUAAGCACAAGAGAGCAUUGCUGCUUUGCAAUAUUAUGUAUAAGUACAGCCAUACACAAAAUAUCGUGGUGAGCUUUUGUUUGAAAACAGUCAAACCAGCAGCUCUAUGGGUAGUUGAAUUUGUUAGAAGUAACCUUUGGAAUUUAAUGUUAAAUAUCCUUGAAACAUGAAUUAAAGUUAGUUUUUCCUUUUUUUUUUUUUGAUGUAAAGUGCUCAUGUAGCUUACUUUGAAACAGUUCCUCUAUUGAUUAUGGGUUAAACUAAUACUGUGUACUUUUAGAUCUAUGGUUUAUUUUUUUAGUCUACAUAUAAAAGACUGGAAUGGUAACAAUGUAUUGCAAAAUGUCACACAGCAAUAAAACCAUUCAUAAUAUGGC